AUGCCAGGGGCAGGCGUGGCACUGGCCUUGAGCCCCCCGCUCUUCCUUCUGUACCUGGACUCCCCUAGGUUUGUGUCCAACACGCACCCCAUUCCCCACUUCCCUCCUGGGCCCCUGCACAGAGGCAUCUUUCUCUUUUCUCCCCUCCCUCCUCCUCACUCUCCUCACCCCAUCUUGCCCACAGAGAUCCUGAUCAAGGUGCAGGUGUAUGUGAGUGGGGAGCUGGUGCCCUUGGCCCAGGCCUCAGUGGAUGUGUUUGGGAACCGGAUGCUGCUGGCCGCUGGCACCACGGACUCAGAGGGCGUGGCCACAUUGCCCCUCAGCUACCGCCUGGGCACCUGGGUGCUGGUCACUGCUGCCCGCCCUGGCUUCCUCACCAACUCUGUCCCCUGGCGUGUUGACAAGCUGCCCUUAUAUGCCUCAGUCAGCCUCUACCUGCUUCCUGAGCGGCCGGCCACCCUCAUCCUCUAUGAGGACUUGGUGCACAUCCUCUUGGGCUCUCCUGGUGCCCGCUCCCAGCCCUGGGUGCAGUUCCAGCGCCGGGCUGCCCGCCUGCCCGUCAGCUCUACCUACAGCCAGCUCUGGGCCUCGCUCACACCUGCCAGCACCCAGCAGGAAAUGCGGGCUUUCCCUGCCUUCCUGGGCACAGAGGCCUCCAGCUCAGGCAAUGGCUCCUGGCUGGAGCUGAUGCCUGUGGCUGCUGUGAGUGUGCACCUGCUGGCAGGUAAUGGGACCGAGGUGCCACUCUCAGGCCCCAUUCAUCUGUCCCUGCCUGUGCCCUCGGAACCUCGUGCCCUUGCCGUGGGCACCAGCAUUCCAGCCUGGAGGUUCGACCCCAAGAGUGGGCUGUGGGUACGCAAUGGCACUGGCGUGAUCCGGAAGGAAGGCCGGCAGCUCUACUGGACCUUCAUCUCCCCCCAGCUGGGGUACUGGGCGGCUGCCAUGGCUUCCCCCACGGCUGGGCUGGUCACCAUCACAUCGGGCAUCCAGGACAUUGGCACCUACCACACCAUCUUCCUGCUCACCAUCCUGGCAGCCCUGGCCCUGCUGGUGCUCAUUCUGCUGUGUCUGCUCAUCUACUACUGCCGGAGGCGCUGCCUGAAGCCGAGGCAACAGCACCGCAAGCUGCAGCUCUCCGGGCCCUCUGACGGUAACAAGCGAGACCAGGCCACCUCGAUGUCCCAGCUCCACCUAAUCUGUGGGGGACCACUGGAGCCCGCUCCGUCAGGGGACCCCGAGGCUCCACCUCCAGGUCCCCUCCACUCAGCAUUCUCCAGCUCCCGCGACUUGGCCACCUCCCGGGACGACUUCUUCCGUGCCAAGCCGCGCUCCACAGGCCGCCCGGCCGCCGAGCCGGCAAGUGCCCGCGGGGGAGAGGGUGCCGGGAUGAAGGGCGCCCGCUCGGUAGAGGGUCCUGGCGGGUUAGAGUCAGGCCUGGAGGAGUACCGGCGGGGGCCCACGGGGGCCGCGGCCUUCCUGCAGGAGCCGCCCUCACCGCCGCCGCCCUUCGAGCACUACCUGGGCCACAAGGGGGCGACCGAGAGCAAGACCCCCGACUUCCUGCUGUCGCAGUCCGUGGACCAGCUGGCGCGUCCGCCGUCGCUCAGUCAGGCCGGGCAGCUCAUCUUCUGCGGCUCCAUCGACCACCUUAAGGACAGUGUCUACCGCAACGUCAUGCCCACGUUGGUGAUCCCCGCACACUACGUGCGUCUCGGCGGCGAGGCGGGAGCAACGGGGGCGGGCGACGAGCCGGCGCCGCCAGAGGGCGCGACCCCCGGCCCGGUGCGCCCUUUUCCCCAGCCCGACCCCCAGCGCCCGCUGAUGCCGGGCCACUCGGGCCCCGGGAGCGAGGGCGGUGGGGGUGGCAGCAGCGAGGGCUGGGGGGCCGGGCGCUCAGCGCCUGUCAGCGGCUCAGUCACCAUCCCGGUGCUGUUCAACGAAUCGACCAUGGCGCAGCUCAAUGGGGAGCUGCAGGCGCUGACCGAGAAGAAGCUGCUCGAACUGGGCGUGAAGCCUCACCCACGCGCCUGGUUCGUGUCCCUCGACGGGCGCUCCAACUCGCAAGUGCGCCACUCCUACAUCGAUCUGCAGGCGGGCGGCGGCCGCAGCACGGAUGCCAGCCUGGACUCGGGCCUGCUAGUGUGA